AUGACUCGUCAAAUAGAUCCGUUUCCAGCGGAGAAUGACCGCCACUUUAUGAUUCGUACCUAUGGAGACCGGGAAAUCAUUCCUUCGCCUGAACCUCGCUCUCCAAGCCCUGAAAUUCCUCCCAAUUUUGUCCCAGAGGCCCCCAAAGAUUCUUCGCACUUUCCUGCUUGCAAUAAUAUUCACAACUUGAUUCACCGGUUGUCUGGUGUCCGUGCCGAAGAUGCGUUGAUUAUUCCAGCUCAUACCUGGGAUCGCAACAACGACCAUUGGGAGCAUAAGUGCGCGGUUCUUAGAAGAAAGCACAAGAAGGAAAUGUCGGAGAUAGAGUUGCAAAUCAGUAAAAAGUACGACCAGAAAUACUCCGAUGCAAAGUAUAGACAGCUUGUUCUUGAAAAAGAAGUAAGGGAGAUGGAAUUUGCAAGAACCGAUGAUACUGUUGGUGUCCUCGGGAAAACCUACAAAGACCACUUGACGACCAAAAAGUUACUGGAGGAAAAAUACGUCAAAAAAAUUGAGGAACUGGAAAAAGGUCUUUCCGAGAGCCAGGAACGUGUAAAGGCGCUAGAGAAGGUUAUUGCAGAGAAGGAUGCAUCCAUAAACGCCCUUAAAGAUGCUAUCGCAUGGGGCAACGUACAAAGAGCACACUAUGGUAAUCAGUCGCCUCAACAGUCAGAACAAAACAUCCGCCCCAAUCAAGAGCCCCAACAGCCUUACCCCCAACAGGGUGUCAAUCGGCGGGGCCCCAAUGUGCAGGCUCAAACCCGGCAGAUUAACCCUCAGCAGCAAGAUAGCAGACAUUUAGCUGCCCCCCUAGAAGAUCGCGGGAUCACCGAAGCACCUUUUCUCGAUGCUAAUAAUCCAAAUUGUCGAGUAGAACCUCGUAAUAUACCUGCAUGCCCCGCUAUAUCAGCCACAGCUUUCCCUACUGGUCAAAAUAGGUCACCAGCGAUAACUGUAGUUCCGCCCCAGGCGGGGCCAUUUACUUUCCUUCCGGGUGGGGGGACAGACAACCAGCAGAAUCAUCCCGAAGAACCUCACAUGCCUUUAGGCCAACAGUCCGGCCAGUAUCGCCCAAAUGAUGUGCACUCAGACGAUUUAUUACCAGGCGACCAAGUCGACGAAAACCAGCAGAACUUGCCGGGGCAACCCUUCGCCGAAUACGCUGUUUCCAGACCGCUGCCGGACCAUAGAAAUGGGGACAAAAGCCUAGUCAAUAAUGCCAGAGUCCCUCAAAUUAACCAACCGUCUAUCUCAAAUAACGGCGCAUACAAUCCUGAUACUAGGCGGUUGAGGGACACUAGAGAUGAGAGGGUAGCAAAACGUCAAAGAGUUGAAGUCAAGGAGCCAGGAAGAGCAGCGAACAACAAUGAUGGUAGGGGAGCACCUGCGAUAUCUCAAGAGGUUACGAUGAAUACCAAUAAUUUCUCAAGACCGGAGAGAAGAACCCUCAUAGUGGAAGUGGGUGCAAACGUUCAAAACGCACGUCAAUUCCUCAUACAAAGGAUGUGUCGAGGAAAACUGCAACGACUCGAAAUUCUGGAGGAGAAUAAACUCCGCGUCACAUAUGUUGACCCGGGUUCUGCCCUGAGCUUUUACAACGACUACAAUUCCCAGGUUGAAACCGCCGCUAAGCAUCAACAUAAACUGAUUGUUAACUGGUCGGAUGAUCUGAGUCCAGUGAUUAGUAACGAGCUUGCCCAGCACAUUCAGUCAGGAGCAACACGUUGCCUAGAGGUUUCCGGGUUUCCAGAUGCUGAACAUAAUGAUACCUUGAAGUCCUUGGCUAACGUUCGGGCCGACAUUCUGACUUCUAAAGUCUGGAAAGAUCAUUCCCAAGGGAAUAUUGUCGAAAUUGAAUAUAGCGAUCUUGAAUUUGCCAUUCGAGUGUACAAAAAGAUUAAGGAUAUGUCACUACCAGGACAUGAAAGGAGCAAUGUCAAGUAUAUUCGUGAACCCUCUGAAUUCAGGAAACAAGCUACUGGACAGGUCAAUCGUGAGUGGAUUGGAAGCGGAUGCCGAUAG